AUGGCUAGGAAACCAGUGCCCUGUGUCGGCUCCCCGACGUUUGAUCCCACCACCCGUGUUAAGGACGCCGACGCCAGGGCCAAGGCGCUCUCACUUCUGGCCAACGAUGACCUCGCUGCCGCCAUCAAGACCUGGUUCCAGCUCCCGCAGAACGAUACAUGGACCUACCACGCCAUCACCGCUGUAACCUUGCCCCAGGUGCAGCAUAUAAUCGGCCUGGGCGGUCAGAAUGGCCUGCACGCAUGGUACAGCUCUCCUGAUGGUGACCCCAAGACGCCACUGGACCCGCCUCCGAGGCCAGACAUAGACGACUACAUACGGGUCUUCCAGCCAUCAAGCCUCACAUCCUCAGCCCUCAAGGCCCUCGGAUCCAACGCGAAAAAAGGCAGCAUCCGCUCCAGUGUCGCCGCAUACGUCACUUCCAAGCGCUUCAUCCACCCCGGCGCUGCACACCUCAACAUCCCCAAGAAGAAGCCCGCCGCUAAGGACGUGCCCCCCAACAUCUACCUCGACUUCUGGGAGUGGUCAUGCCGCAACCUCGAGUGGUGCGGCCCUGGCCCUGAGUCCGAGGCUCGCCCACAACAGAGCCACCACGUGCUGCCCAUUUUCAUGCACCACUUCGGGUGUGCUGUGCCCUCGUACGAGAGCCUUGAGAUCCUGCGCCUCGUCGCGGCCGGGAGGACGGUCGUAGACAUGGGCAGCGGGAACGGCUACUGGACCUUCAUGCUGCGCCUGCACGGCCUGGCCGAGGUCGUGCCCGUCGACAACGCCCAGAGCGACUGGCGCGCGAGCUGGGUCUCUGACACUGUCAUCAUGGAUGGCACGAAGUGGCUGGCCCAGCCGCAGAACGCGGGCGGCGCGGAUAUGGUGCUCCUGAUGGUGUACCCCGUGGUCGGAGGGGGCUUGGCGGGUGGUGUCGAGGGCGGCUUUACGAGGAACCUGAUGAAGGCCUUCAAGGGCGACACGGUCGCCGUGGUCGGCACGCAGAACCGCAACGGCUAUACUUCGUUCAGGGAUAUGACCUUUGACGAGUACAUGGCCAGGGAGCAGCCUACAUGGACCAAGGUAGUUCAGAUUCCACUCCCGAGCUUCGCCGGCAAGGACGAGGCGCUCUACGUGUACCAAAGGGGCGAGAGGGCGCCUAAGCUGAGUGCUACAGGAGAGACGAGCGCUUCGUGA